AUGGAUGCAAGGUUGUCAACUACAAGAUGGUCUCUUCAGAAAGCCAAGGAGGCUAAGCCAAUCUCACUCGUGCAAGACGACGCCGUAGGAACAUGUCCUGGUUGGCUAGUUCCCAUUGCCAAUUCUCUCCGCCUCGACGAAAUUGAAGACGUGCCCGGCGAAGAGGAUAGGGCCCCACACGAUACUGUCCCGGAGACAGACCCGCCGCGAGGCGUCACGGUAUCCGCCGCCGAUCGUCGAUCGUCAGGCGACGACCACAGCAGCUGCGGCGGGGACGAAGAAAUUGAUGGCGGUGACAAUCGGCGUGGAGUGAAGGAGGAUCUGUCGGAAUUGAAAGACUGCCUCGCGCGUCAAUUCUGCGGUGUCGCUUCGUUUCUGGCUCCUCCUCCUCCUCCUCCGCCCCCGCCGCCGUCAAUUCGGAGGUCUGGUGUUGGAGAUCGUGAGGGUGAGGAAUUGGUGGAGCACGACGGGGGAGAGCCUGAUAAAUUUGGGCCGUCGGAGGAUUUUUACACAGAUGUUGUGGGCUGCGCAAUUGGGGUUAGUGAGGAAGUUUUAGCCUUCGCGAGGGAUAUCGCGCAUCACCCGGAGACCUGGUUGGAUUUCCCGUUUUCUGAAGAAGAUGAGUUCGACGAUUUCGAUAUAUCUGAUGCACAGACAAGCAACGCAAUGAGUGGGGUCCAAGAAGAUGAAGAACGGUUUGAGUCGAAGGUCCCAACAUGGCGUGCUUCACUAAGUUUCAAAUUCUAUCAUGUGAAAUGGUGCAAACUGACAUGCAAAUACUCAAUGAGCAGUUACGAAUGUGGUCUGUCAUCCGACUGCUUUUAUCGCGUUGAGGCCAACAUCCGAUACUUCUUUCACCAGACCCUUAUCAGCCCUCACCUACCUAAACCUUCAUUUUUCACUUAUUUAUUUUCACCAGACCCUUAUCAACUCCUCUCAUUUCCAAUGGAUUUCAGGCGUCGACACCUCCAAUCCUCAUCUUCUCUUCGGCUCUCCUUGAAUUUCGUUGUCGCUUUUGUCAAGCCUGCUCAAUUAGGAAUGAAGUUGUGCGAGACGAUCCUGUUGACAAUAUACCGUUAA